UGAAAUAWCAUCCCGACAAAAAUGCAGGCGACGAAGAUGCCGCGGAGAAAUUCAUACUGGUUCAGAGGGCCUACGAAGUCUUGACUGGUAAGUUGUGUUGCUUGGAAAAGCAUACCGGGCUUCUUGUGACGAUGGACGUUGUCGAAAUUGGUUCCGUCAUUCGAGCAACGUGCUAAUUUUUUUCGUCUACUCUACCAAUUGUUUUUAUAGAUCCACAGGAGCGAAAAUGGUACGAUGACCAUCGCGAUGCGAUUUUGGCGGGUUGGUCGGCUUCGGAAGCAGCAAAUAGCAACACGGCGGAUAUUAUGCUCUUCAACGUCGCUCCGUAUAUGCAUCCGGGAUGCUAUUCUUCGUACACCGACAGCACGGGGGGAUUCUAUCAGGUUUAUCKWGGCGUCUUUGAACAUAUUGUAGCAUGUGAGAGGAAACAGUCGGAAACGAUUGUGGAGCUUCCCACAACUUUCGGAAACAGCGAAACAAGCUGGUCGGAACUUUCGUUCUUUUACAAAUCCUGGGAAUGUUUUUCCUCGGCCCUGAAUUUUGCAUGGGAGGACACGUAUAACGCGCGGGAAGAUGCCCCUAGCCGUAGGGUACGAAGGCUGAUGGAAGAAGAAAACAACAAAGCGAGACGAACCGCCAAAAAAGCGUACAAGAAUGAUAUACUGCAACUCGUGGCGUUUGUAAAGAAGAGGGAUCCCAGAUAUAAGGCGCACACCGAAGAACAGGAACGGCUGAAAAAAGAAAGAGAGGAGAGGCAAAAGCAAGAAAAGAUCGACCGGAAGAAAGAACAGCAAAAAGCGAAGGAAGAAUGGAGAGAAGCUUCCCUCCGUGAAAUGGAGAAGGCGGAAGAAGAGGAUCGGUUGAGAGGAAGGAUUAGGCUAGCAGAUUUAGAAGAUGAUUACGAUUACGGAGGCGGAAAGAAAAAGAAGAGAGGGAAGAAGAAAAAUAGAAAAUCAAUGAUCAAGGAAGAAGAAAAAGAGGAAGAAGAAAAGAAUGAUAUCGACGCCGAUCAAGAAAAAGUAGAAGUGGACGAAGGGUCGAAGGGUGAGGAAAGCAACGAGAAAACAACAAUAGAUGAGGCGAAUGCAGGAGACCAAAUUGUUGAUGACCAGGAUCUACUUCAAUAUGACGAAGACAGUUUCUCCGAAAGUGAAAGUGAGAGCGAAGAAGAAGAACCUGAGGUGUUUAGAUGUGACAUUUGUAAGAAAGAAUUCAAAAGCGAGGGUCAGCUAAAAAAUCAUUUGAAGAGCAAGAAACACAAGGAAGCAGUCAAAAAGUAUCAGGCAAAGCUGAAGAGGAAGGAGGCAGAGAUCAUGGCAGAAAUGAUGAACGAAAUGGAUCUAGAAGAUCAGUAGUGUAAUGUAAUSAUAUUAGCACACUAUGCGAAGCAAAUUGAUCUGAUCUUUAUGCGCAUAAUAUCUUUUUAAAUAAAAUUGGAAAUGUGGC